CACCUACCCCGCUGUUCGUUUUCUAUUCCUCGUUCCGUGAUGCGCCGCCAUUACUUCGUCCGCGAUGUCCCGCCGCCGUCCUCCGUCCCGCCGCGAGGAAGAUUGGCCGCCCUUUUUUGCUUCCUUUUCUUGGCCGGCCACUCCCCCUUCUGUUCUAUCCUCUGGCGCGCCCUUUCGCUGGCUGGCUGUGGUGGAUGGCCCCCAGAUGCUAUGGAAUCCUCUCCCCACCUCCCUUGGCGAGUUUAUCUCGCCGCAGUCAUGGUGUACCUAAGAAGAUCUCCUCCAAGGUACAGCCUCUUUAUGAUGCUCACCCUAGGAACAUGCUAUCGAGACAUUCAGCACCUGUCUCACCUCCCAGAUCGCAUGUUCGUAUUCGUGGACAUCUCUCUGCGCACCGUACAAAUAUCUGUGUGAUUUUGCUGAUAACUGUAGUCUCGAGGCGGUAAAGCGUUAAUUGAUUA